AUGUAUUUCGAUCAAUAUAUCAAUGUACAUCAGAGUUCACAAGGAGGUGAAGGAGUAAGUGCACUCGAUCAUUUGGUAGCAGAUGCACAACCUCAAAAUAUUAUCACCUUUUGUAGAGAGUUGGAUAAUAUGUUGGGUGGAGGUAUCCCUCUUCAAAGAAUAACAGAGUUUUGUGGUGCUCCUGGUGUAGGAAAGACACAAUUAGCAUUUCAAUUAGCAGUAAAUUGUUGUAUACCAAAGAUAUUAUAUGGUGUUGAAGGAAAGUGUAUCUUUAUUGAUACAGAGGGAGGUUUCUAUGUUGAUAGAGUAAAACAAAUGGCUGAUAGUUUAAUAGAACAUUUACAAAUAAUGGGUCAAACAGGAACCGACCAAGAAAAAGAUGCUGCCAAUCAAAUAACAGUAGACUCUAUACUCGAAAAUAUAAUGUACUACAAGAUUCACCAUUACAUUGAACAAGUUGCUUUUAUACAUCAUUUACCUUUAGUUUUGGAAAAUGAUAGAAAUAUUAAAUUAAUUAUAAUUGAUAGUAUUGCAUACCCAUUUCGUAGACAUUUUAGUGAUAUGGGAGCAAGAAAGAGAAUAUUAUCAUCAAUGACACAGAAUCUAUUAUCUAUUGCCGAACAAUACAAUGUGGCAGUAGUCAUUAUGAACCAAGUUACAACUAAAAUACUACCAAACAAUCAAUCGAUGCUAGUUCCAUGUUUUAAUUUAGGCAAUUAUUGUGCUAACCGUGUAUUCCUAUACUGGAAGGAUCAACAACGACAUUGUCAUAUCUAUAAAUCAUCUUUAAUACAACCAUCUGAUGCACCAUUUGAUAUAAAUCAAGAUGGUGUUCGUGGUUUUAUUCCUGAUGGAGAAGAAGCAGAUGAUAAUGAUAAUAAUGGUGAUGGUGAUGGAGGAGUAGGAGAAGAAGAUGUUAUGAAUGACCAAGACCACCCAAUUAUUUUACCUAUCCAAUAUUAUUCUAAUCAAAUGGAUACUACAUAA